UUCUGAACAGAAACUCCCCAGGAAUUUUUCCUCAUUUCCCUUUCCUCCUAUCAUGAAUAAAAAUUUCCUGAGGAAUUUUCCUCUUUUCUCUUUCCUCCUAUUCUAAACGAUCUUCGAAAAAGUGAAAAUGUGUUUGGGGAAAAAAGUAGGUAUUACGAAUGUCAAAAAGGAAGAGAAUUGACUUCGUUAUUCUGGGAGAAUUUUCACCAGUAUUUUAAAAGGGAGCUGCUACAAAAAUGUCUAAAACAACAAAUAGAAAGCAAGAGGAAAUUUUAAUAAGCCUAAUGGAAGCUAGGCCGGACAUUGCUCGCGGCUUCCAUAGGGGCAACAAAGAGGAAGUUUCCCGGUUUUGGCGGAACGCUGAGGUGGAACUAAACUCCGCAGGUCCACCGACAAAAAAUACGACUGAGUGGAAAAAGGUGUGGACCGACCAAAAAAAAUAUGUGCGUCAAAAGGCGUCGCAAAAUUUAAAAGCCAGUAAAGGCACGGGCGGUGGCCCAAACACCCAACAGAAACUNAAUGAAGGAAAGUGUUUCUACUCUUCAAGAUGUUCUGCUAAAAUCGUUACUGCUACAGUAACUGUUUCUUAUAAGGCUUGCUGA